CAGCUUUCGACCUCCCCGAAUGCUCAUCCUUUCAAUAGGUCAGCACGCUGGCCUCAUGCGUCUAGUACAAAAGCUUUUGUAAAUUCGUUUUGGACUUGCACAUGUCACUUUUCCUGUAUAUACCUUCAAAAUGAGUAAGAAGCAGUUCAAACACUCGGCAAGCGCAGCACGCGCAUUUGGCACUGCAAGCCCGGCCUUUGGCUUUUCAGCUUCUCCAGGAUUUGGAGCUUCUCCUUCACCUUUGUCAUAUCUUAAUGAGCUGCCAAAUUUGUCUUCAAUAUCAGAUUCGAAUAUUGUCGUGGCUUUCAAGAAUUUGUCAAAGCGGGAUAGCAUCACCAAAACGAAAGCUCUGGAAGAUUUACAGGGGCAACUGAUCGAUCGCGGUGGAGAUAUCGAAGACGGCAUUUUAGAGGCGUGGACAAACGUUUACCCUCGAACAUCGAUCGAUACCGAGAGACGAGUACGGCAGCUAGCGCACACGCUUCAAGGCCACAUCGCGGCAAAGAGUGGCAAGAGAAUAGCGAAACGAAUGCCUAUCGUGGUCGGCGCAUGGCUGGCAGGACUAUAUGACACUGACAAGGCUGUCGCUAAGGCUGCAUCGGAAUCGUUGAGCCAAGUAUUUGCAACCGCGGAGAAGAGGCAGGCACUGUGGAGGGCCUACCAGGACCCAUUGCUGGACUUUUGCAGAGACGUCUUCGAUAAGGAAUCGCCGCAGACACUCAGUGAUGAGCGAAGUGUGAGUCCAGACGAGGCAAAUGCAAAAUACUCUAGAGUUGUGAUCUCUUCGUUAGGCCUGCUUUCCAAUCUGAUGUCAGAACUGCGGGAGGAAGACUUUCAAAAAAAUGAUUCACGUUAUCUAAAGGCGUUGCAGGACAAGAAAUUAUGGGAACAGGCUCUUAGUGAAGAUAUUGGUGUGCGAAAGUCAACACACAAGAUGUUGCGGAUUGUGUUGGAAUCUCCGCUCGCAAAGUCAUGUCUUGACCUGGAUACGUUAAGCAAGAUUUAUCUUACCAAAGGCAUGAAAUCGAAUCAGAAAGGCUCAGCCGAUUACUAUCUCGAAGCUCUGAUUGCGCUUACUACAGCGGAGAGCACCAUUUGGACGGAACGUUGGCGGGACAGUAAGCGACCCUCAUCAAGACUAGAAGAAUUUGUCAGGAGGGGCUCUCAAGGAGCAGCACUGAAUUACUGGCGAAGUUUAUCCAAACUAUUCAAGGCAUUACCAAGGGAGACGCUACCAUCGGAUCCAAAAUCAGCUCGCGAUCUUAUCGAAGCCUUGCAUAGUGGAGUGACUCACAAGGACGAACCACGACAUUACAUCUCCGAAGGUCUUGCGACUUACGUCCAAGUUGCCAUUGUUCUUUCUUGCGUACUUGCAGACGGUGAUAGAGUGCCUUUCCUCGCCGAUUCAAUCUUUCCGAUAAUUUCGCAAUACAUUUUACCCAAGGCCGAGAACGCCAAAUGGGACAUACCUCAAACCACUGCUCAGUCACUGCUCACAGAUAUGGUUAAGAAUGAGGGCUUAACGUCUAUGCUUCUCAACGAAGUGACGAGUCUAUCAGCGAAACUUGUUCGGGAGAUCAGACUGUCACUUCCAGAGCAGGCGAAAGAAUAUUCCCGUUCACAAGAUGACUUGGGGAAGGCUGGUGAACGCUUUGCUGCCUUUAUUGCUGCCCUAACUCCACCAGAAACGAUGCCGGAGAGACUGGAAAACGCAACCGCUAGUGCUCUCGAUGAAUCAUUAUCCGUAUUGAUACAAAGAAAUGGGAAGCCGUACGGGGCAGCGAUAGUUGCCUCAGCCAUUAUCAAGCAGUGUCGUCAUUUAAUCGAUGCGUCUGAUAGACUCGCAACAACAGUUGAGGAUUUUUUGGACAAGCACAUUGCUAUGAUCUUUGUCUCGCCUUCAUACAAACAGCUUGCUACGCUUUUGUCUGCCUGCGAAGAUCAAGAAGAAGUAUUUGUGCCUGCAUGGACAAGGUGCUUGAAUGCUGUUCUGGGGGACGUGUCGGACCGACGAUUCCCUGCACUUACAGAACUACUUGCUUGCAGAAAAGUUUUCAGCGAGAGUGAACUACAGCACCUUGGCCCAACCCUUGUGCCAGAAAUAAUACCCAUGCUGGACGAGAUUUGCAAAUCAAAUCGUAAAUGGGACGCAAUUUUGCCUUUGUUAAGGGACUCGGCUAUUACUUCAAAGCUUUUGGGUGACCUUAUUUUGCGACGAAUCACUAUGUGCCUUAUCGAUGCGGAGAGCGACACAUCGAUAGCGCUAGAUGGAUUGCGGGUCGUAAUGAAGUCGUGUCCGAGAAUUCUUAAGAACUUUUUGACAACAGAUGAUGGGAAGCAGCUGCUACCGAAUCUGUUGCUUCUGAGCGAGGAACUUAAUGAGAGACUUUCGAAGGAGGCGAAGGAGUUGAUACCGGAAUUACAAACACUUUUCGCGAAUGAAAUGACUUCAGGUGAAACCAGCAAUGCCAUUAUCGAUGUCAUACAAAAUGGCUUGAACUCUGCCGGGUCAAUUUCUGUGUCUAUUGAUACAUUGGUAAAUUAUGCGAAAAGGCUUUUAGAUACCAACAUGGUACAAUCUAUGGACAGCGUUCUGCCAAACACGGGGAUCUGGUACGAAUCUUUACAGUAUUUUCUUCGAAAGCCGAUAGAUAAGAGUCACGCUAUGACGAGUCCGCUUGGAGGAGCCGUUUAUCUUGUACGAGAAUCUAUUGAUGCUUCAACGUUGACCGAUAUCGAGCGCGAUCAAAACGGCCUCUCAGUUCCCUUACGCAUGGCAAUGUAUACCGUCAAGCUCUUUUCGGAUACACUGAGAGACGCACGAACCAUUUCAGCAGAAUUGUUCCGAUUGCUGACUUUGACUGGACUCAUGGCAAAUGACCACCUAAGCGUGUAUGAUCCGUCGAAUCUGUGGUCAAGUUCGCAACUCGAUGUUCUCGACGAUGCUUCCGAAUUUGUUUCCAGUUGUCAGCAAAUCUUGAGAAAGUAUCAUGAGUCAAAUAAGUCGAAUUUAAUGGUUCAAACUGAAGGAUACAGUUGUGAAGCAUAUUACCUAGCACUUGGAGAUUGCAAGAUUCGAAACCAAAACGAUGAGAUUGCUAGGUCUUCAAGUACGACCUUAGAGGAGGCAGAAUCGUUACUUAAGCGCCACCGGGCUCAGGGAAACGUUUUCAGCAUCCUGGCUACGUUAUACGGAUAUCAGAUUGCACUAUCAGCAUCAUCUCAAGUGAUGCGAUAUUGCAAUGAGCUGAUCGCAGAUUUGACCCCGCUUGACUCGGAGAUGUUGAAAGAGGAUGGCUUAUCUCAAUUCGUUAUUCUCAACACUAUCCUAACAUACUACGACGAUGUGGGAGAAACCAUAGCAAAACCUCGCCUUUCACGUUUCAUCAGUAAGUCCGUGGCUUGGCUGCAGGAUGAAUCCAUUGACGAUGCGCUUGUGGCCGAGAUCUACCGGAUGAUGAAACAAUUGCUACCACUAGUAAGCAACCUGUACGGCGAUUACUGGAAAAUUAUCCUGGACUCCAUCAAAUCCAAUCUCGAGCUAAUUUCAGAGCUACCGGAUCCGAAUGCUCCCGCUCUGAUUCCCGCUAUUCAUGCCUCGAUCCAACUUUUUGCGAUAAUACGAAGAAUAGUGUCGAGCGAGAAGUGCAAGGAGGAGGAGGAUGAGCGAAACGACGACAUUAUUGAGGCGUGGAAUGAACACGAGAAUGGAAUUCAUGCUGCCAUAGUGAACAGCCUUAAGGUGACGCGCCAUGUAUCUGAUGAUGAGCAUCAGCCUCUCAUGAUACUGAAUGAGCUGCUUUCUCGCGAAGUUUCUCGGAUCCUUACAAGCAAAUUGGAGUGUGUCGAGGAUCUCUACCCGCAACUAUAUUCGACCUCCCCAGCAGUUCAGCAAGCGGCAUAUCGUCUGCUUCACCAUUACAUUCCCUCAAAACAGGAGCAGAUCUCACUCGAUACCGUUCUCGAGAAGACGAAGGCACGCUUGCCUUAUGAACUUUUAUCACUUGUCUUGCAAGCGCCUGUCGCAUCUGACUUUGUUGAAGAAGACUUCGAACGCUCUGUGCCUCUGCAACUACGCGGCUACCUGCUCAGCUGGCUCCUUAUCUUUGAUCAUUUUAGCAAUGCUUCGCAUAAAGUCAGGAACGACUAUGUUGACAGCAUGAAAGAAGCGGGACAUUUGAAAGAUUUUUUGGACUUCGCUUUUGACUUUCUUGGGCAUUCCAGAGGACGCCCGUUAGAAGUGACCAAAUUUGAUGUCGCCUCGUACAACAGUUCAGCAAUGGCCGAUGAGCCACUUAAAGAUACCCAGUGGCUAAUCACGCACCUAUACUAUCUUUGUCUAACACAUUUCCCUUCACUUUCAAAGACAUGGUGGAUUGAAUGCGAAUCGAGACAGAAACAUAUCAGUGUCGAAACAUGGACUGCAAAAUUCAUUUCGCCCCUUGUGAUAUCAAAUGCACUAGAAGCUGUGGUUUCUUGGUCAACAACGCAAGAGAUGGCGCGCAACUCUGAACAGCCACCACCGCUUGUCAUUCGUGUUAACCAUCGAGCGUCUGAACUCACAGCUUCUUAUCCUAUGGAUGACGAAGGUCAAUCUGCAAUGGUAGUCGUGUCUCUUCCACCAACAUUCCCACUCCACAAUGCCAAAGUCAGUAGUCCUUCAAAGGCUAUGGCAGUGGAAGAACGACGUUGGAAUACAUGGUUGAUCAAUUCUGAAGCCAUUAUUGCGUUCAGCAACAACAGUAUUAUCGACGGCUUACUUGCAUGGAGACGGAAUGUCUUCGGCGCCCUGAAGGGCCAAACUGAAUGCGCGAUUUGCUAUAGUGUAGUUGGUGAAGAUGGACGAGUGCCAGGCAAGAAGUGCAGGACCUGUAAAAACAGCUUCCACGGUAUCUGCCUCUUCAAAUGGUUCAAGAGCAGCAACGGCACCAGCUGUCCUCUUUGCAGAGAGAGAUUUAAUUAUGGCUAGUAGCGGCAAUCAAUCGGGCCAUAUUCCUUUAUGUGUAAAUACCUUAUGAAUCAACAAUUGAG